AUGCACAACAAAUCAUCUCUGAGAAUCACAGGAUCUCACUUUUCCAGGAUCUCCACCACUCCACCCUGUUAUGGAGAAAAUGAAACCCAUCACACAAUGGCUGCAAGAGGCUGGCAUACUGUACCGCUUACAGUACUUACAGAAGGCGGACAGCUGAAGGUUACUGAUGUGGCACAGGCCACCACCUUCCUGGCAGCAGUUGGCAUAAGUGAUGCCCUGCAGGAACAGGGGGCACGCAACACUACUGGGACUUGGGACAUGGACAAUAUAACCCCCUUUACUCCACGGAAUGGGCAGGGAGCAGUGACAUAA